GUCAUUCGAUUUAGCCUGUAAAUAAUCGUUCUCAUCGCGUGUGUAUUGCGUUUGAUGUCCAAGCAACGCAAGUAGGACAAUUUAACAUUGGGCUCAGGUGGAAAUGUCAUUUCUUGCGAAUACCUGAACGUGUUAAUGUCAUGGCGAGUUCCGUCGACGAGAUAAAGGAGCCGUUCUCCGUGAGCGGCAGAGGAGGUAACCUUUUUCCGUCCGCUAAUUCUUUCGGUUGCCUGGCUCCUCCGAAAGCACUACUAUCUUACGAAGAAAUAGCUAGAAAGCUUCUCGACGAGAAGCUUUUCUUAACGGCUUUAGAAUUGCACGCUGAAUUAUGCGAGGUUGGUAAGGAACUACCAGUUCUCAGAGAAUUUUUCUCAAAUCCAAACAACUUUGAAAAUUCCAGUAUCAAGCCAGAACCAUACACACCCAUGCCCAGGUCCUCUAGUCAGGCAACUUUGGAUUCUUUGGACAUGACUCGGUAUUCGGAAGAUGGGGCUGGUGUUGACGAAAGAGUAGCCAUUCUUGAAUUUGAGCUACGCAAGGCCAGAGAAAAUAUCUCUGCGCUACGUGCUAAUCUAACUGUGGUAACAGAAUCGGAAAGUACAUUAAAGGCACCUGACAAGAGUUCUGAAAAGAAUUUAACUACUGAACUUCCCAUCAAACCGCAUGAGCAGCGAGCACUGAAUUUUCUCAUCAACGAGUAUUUGCUGGCAAGGUCUUACAAGCUGACUUCGAUUACCUUCAGUGAUGAGGAUGAAGAUCAAGAUUUUGAAGAUUGGCAAGAUGUAGGAUUAAAUAUCCCCAAGCCUGCGGAAUUAUUACAGAUAUACAGGGAGUACAUGAGAGCCAAUGGGCAUGAUAAGCCACCGUCUGUAAGCGUUGCUGUACAAACUGACUUUAUCGUCGAAGAGCAAAUUGUGGAACGAAAGGAUGAAUUCCUAGAAAUGGCAGAACAGCUCGAAAGAUUACAGCAACAGACAACGGUAUUGGAACAGGAGAAAGCUGCUCUCCAGGAAAUAAUAUCAUCGUCCAAUGAAAAUAUAAUGGAAAAUCCAGCUAAAUCGGGUAGCUGCGGAACUAUUCGUACCAUCAACUCCAGUUCUACAACUCCCGACAAGUUUGAAAUGUUAGAAUCAUUACCGAGAGACAUAUCGGCCGCCACUCAGGAACCGGAAGAAGACGAUAGUGCUUCUGCGGUAGUUAGCCUGGACGAGACAGAUCCAGGAGACAAAGAAUGGACCAGGCUGCAGUUACCCAGAGUAAAUAUUAUAGAGCGGUCCUCUAGAGAGGUUCUAUCAACCACAUCCUCCAGAAAUUUGCCAAUGAAAUUCAAAUUAGAAGUAGCGACGCACUGCUUGGCGAAUAUAUCGGAAUCGGUGAUGUCCUCGGUGGAAGAAUCCUUGAAAGGCGGAGUUACCCGGGACACGUUGGUCGAGAUCCUGACGUGUACCUUGCCGCGAGUUGUGCCUAACAUCAUCCUCAACAAGCGCGAAGAGAUCGUUCCGUUGAUUCUCAGCGCGAUCCACUUGCACCCGAAUUCCGGUGAGAGGGAGAAGCUGCUGCAGCUGCUGUUCAACUUGAAGAAGAGGCCGCAGGAGGACGAGCGGCAAAUGAUAUUGGCCGGUUUAAUCGUGAUGGUGAAGCUGGCGGAGGAGCCGCUGGAGAGCGAGGAAAUUCUCACGAUCUGCUGGGAGCAGAGUCAACACAAGUAUCCGGAACGGAGACUAUUGGCCGUCGAGUGUUGCUCCGUACUCGCGUCGUAUACGUCGGCUUCCAUCAGGAACUCGCUGAUGCUGUCCAUGCUACAGCAGAUGUUGUUGGAGGAUAAGGAUCCCGUUGUCCGAACCAGCGUCGUUAGAAGCCUCGCGCUACUCAUAGCUCUGAUGGACGAUCCUGACAAAUAUUUCCAAUGCGAGGAACUGGCGUUAACAGCACUCCAUGACACGUCGUCGAUGGUUGUCGAGACGGCGUCCUCGGUGUUGUUGCCAGUGUUAGCGCAGUGGGCGUUAUCCUUGAAAAGGUUGCACCUGAACCUGCUGCCGCGCAUUAUUGCGAAAGUGAAGAACCAAUUGAGACCGACGCAAAACUCGCCGAACAAGGACUACAUCGACGAGGAGAAGCUGGUGCCGUCGGUCGGUAUUCUGCAGUGCAUCUUGCCGUACAUGGUCCUGUGUGUCGCCGACAACGACGCUGUGCGAUCCUGCAUCGGGAACGCAACGUCGUCGGACUUGCCCGAGGAAUUUCUGGACUUGUGCCAUUCCAACAUCGUCGACCCGAGGGUAUUCUACGAGGGUCCCGUCAAUGUCGGCGUUCUCCUGAACACGUUUUUCUCCAAAUCCUGGGAGGAUAUGUCCUGGCCGGAAUUAGAAUGGUUUUCAACUAAAUUGGUAUUCGAUGUCUUGGAAAUGGUGAAGUCCGUGGACGCGACGCACGAGAACGUUUUAAAGACCCUCCUUACAUACAUUCAUUCGUUGUGCGUGAGCUUUGGCAGGUACAUUACGCAAUCUAAGAUACAAGCGGUGUUUUUCCCGGAAGUGUCGGAACUCGAGAAGCAGCUUACGGCAUUAUCAGCAGACAAGAAAAGUAUGAGCCUCAUGUUGAUCCCGAGUUAUCUGGUGAUUCUGAGCACUCUCGACUCCACGGAACUGAUCGACUACUUCAAGCAGUUCCUUGUGAUCUUAUCCAUAAGCGGUACCAGUAUAUCCUGGCUGCACGUCGCUGCGAGUAUUUUGUGCGCUCGGGAAGAAAUGCAGGAGCACGUGCUUGUUAGUUUGUGGGACGGAGUAGUGCAUCCGCGAUCCAGUGUAAGGUGCGCGACGGCAGCGCUGUUCGGCUUCAUCAUAGGCCACGUCUCGGACCGGCUCGCGAACUCGAGGAUCGUACCAGCCAUCGUAACAUUAGCUAGCGAUCCCGAAGUUGGCGUGCGCUGCGUAGCGAUUUCCUCAUUGGGCCGUAUAAUAACGGAAUGCAAAGUGAGAGAAGCCCGUGACAAGGCUCGAUUGACGCUGGAAACGAUCGCGAAGGACCCUCAGGGACUCUCUCAGGCUCUCGCGACUUCGUUGGUGUCCACGUUCGCGUUUAUAGCGCCGAAUUGCCCGCAGAUUUAUACAGAGGACAUAAUAGCGACGCAAUUGUCGGCCAUCGCCGCAUUCGCACUUCAACAGAGUCGCAAGAUCGAACUGGUGAGCGCGUUAGUGGAGGCGUACUCGGUGUUGGUUUAUUGCCCAUUAAGUGGUCAGUGCGUUUCCGGAGUAGUGGUGCCGGGAUUGCGGCAUCUCGAGACAUUGGUGAAUCAGUGCCUACCUCAGCAGAAGGAUACGGUGCGAUCGCUGCUCAGGGAAACCGAGUCCAGACAAGACGUGUCGAAGCCGAUCGAGAGGACACUUUCGAUGAGCUCCGGGCUCUCUCUGUCUAUGGCGACGGUGAACGUCGGCCAGGGUGUCGAGGACAUGCGCCAGAGGAUGAGCAAGAUCUUCCAGCAGAAAACCGGAUCGCCUAGCAUGUCAAGCAUCUUUCGCAAGAAAUAAACUUAUCCUUACGUUGUAACGUUAGAUUAAGGAAAUUAAGUAUUACAUUACACGCGUCGCGAGUGUCUCGUCGACUGCUCGUACAAAAAUCAGCGAGAGACCAAUCACGAGGUUAUUGUUAGGACGUGGAUGUUGUUUUAAAGGAGUGUUAACUUAUUUUUUUAUCGUGCUCUAGCUAGUAAGUAACGUGUAAAUUAUUUUGUUUAAACGUCAAAAUAAGACGAAACGCUUCGGACAGAUGGAGAAUACGAAUUUUCACUUUUUGUAAAAACCGGAUAUCGAUAGCGUCGUCAAUCUCUCUCUCUCUUUCUCUCUCUUUAUCUCUCGCGUGCGCAAUUUAUCUCUUUCUGACGAUCUCAGAUCACGACAAGAGAUCGAUUUGCGUUUGAGAGAGAAGCAGAAAAAAAAGAUUUAAAAAAAACGCAGCGCUUAACAGUAAUUAAUGUUUAAUUUUGAAAUCUGUUACUUUACAUAGUAAUAAACAAACGUCAUAUUCAUAUCGUAUGUCAUAUCGUAUAUAUAUAUAUAUCGCAUAUCAUAUAUAUAUUUAUAUAUAAUACACAAGUGUUUUCCUCGUAAAGUAGUUACAAAAUCAGACUUUCUAGGAAUACACAUCCUGUUGCUUUUUUUGUCUUGCUCUCGUUCGGUUCUGUUUCUUCGUUUCUUUUUUAUUAUUUUUUUGUAUAAUCACAGCUUAUAUACCGAUGCGUCGACGAAACGUCGUUUAUAUUGUGUUUUUUUUCUCUCUUUUCCUUAAAUCUUUCACGGUCAAUCGAUUAAUCGUGACACGACGAUCGUUGUUGUGUCGCGGGAGGGAAAUAGGGGGCGGGGAGGGGUGGGAAUUCGCACAAUGCAUACUCGCACUACUCCACGGGACUGUCGUCGCGGUCGAGUCGCGAAAGGUGCGUGUGGUCGCGUUUCGCCGUUAUUUUAUAUUACCUUCCGCGCGGUGUAACUUUCGGGAAGUCCCGACGUGACGUCGACGGCAAGAAAACUCUUUUUUCAGGAUUACUUCGUGAGAGAAUUCCGGUCUCAAAAACGGUAACGAUGCAGAGGAAGAUCCGUGAAGAUCCGCAAAACAAUCUCAUAGUGACAUCCCGAUAGCACCGUGGAUAGCAUGUCCCAAUGAGGACUGAUUACACACUUCAACCGAUCGGCAAGAAUCGCAGCAAAGAGUCGCCCGAGUGGCGUGUAAUUGGCCGUACGCUGAAUUAAAAUUAAAUUACAACGGACAGAGAA